AUGAAAAUUAUUUGUUACUUUUUUACUAUUCUUAUUUUUAAUUUUGUUCUUUUGUCAAGAAGUAUCACUAUAACAAAUAUUAUUAAUGGCAUCGAACAUAAAAUUGGUACAAAUUUAGGAUUUGAAGUUUCUUCUUCAUCAAAUAUGAAUUGUUUUUAUGAAACAAUAGAAAGUGGUAAUAUUUUAUCUGUAUCAUUAAAUGUUGUUAAUAUGGAAUCAACAAACAUUCAAUUUAGAGUAACUUCACCGUCUGCAAGUUUUAGUGAAUGGUACAAAGGUAUACAAUAUGCUAUAUAUGAUGGUAUUGCUGAAGAAUCUGGUGAUUAUGAAAUUUGUACUUUAGCAUAUGUUGGAACAAAACCAGUUACAUUAGCUUUAACUAUUGUUUCAUACUCUUCUGCAAAAAUGAAUCAAGAAAAUGUACUAAAACAGCCAUCAGAUCCAUCAGAGAUUUUAUCGGAACGAAUAAAUACUAUUAGUGGAAAAAUAUUUCAAAUAUAUGCUCAUACAAGAUUAUCUAAUUUAAUGACAAAAAAAGAUGAAAAAGUUCAAGAAUCUAAUUUAAAUUAUCUUAACACUUCUACUGUUAUUCAAACAUGUUUUAUCAUUUUCUGUUCUAUGACUCAAGUAUAUGCAAUUAAAAAGUUGUUUGAAACAAAUUCAAGAAAAGUCCGAAUAUAA